AGAGAGAGAGAGAGAGAGAGAGAGAGAGAGAGAGAGAGAGAGAGAAGGACGCAGUGUGGGCGAGUUAAGAAACGCCGAGAGAGGGAGGGGACGACAGCGUAAUAUUCUCACCGUUUUUUCUCCCUGUCCGUGUACAGCCGAAAAAACAAGGGCAUCCAUCGCUCUUUCUCUCCCCAUCUUCCUCACAUCUCCACAUUUCCCUCUUCUUUCUUUCUCCACGGUGUGUAUAUCAGAGCAUCCGUGUGCGUGAGUGUGUGUCCUCCUCCUCCUCCUCCUCCUCCCUACCUGGAAGGUUUGUUUUUUCGCAGGGGGGGAUCACCGAGCCGAGAGAGGCGGAUGCAGCGAGCGUAGAAGCAGGGUACCAACCAGGAGCAUCACCACCACCACUCACCACGGUAAUGUCAUUUAAGCGUCUCCUUCCCAACCUUCAUGUCUGUCCUUCCUCUCUGUCUCUUCUCCCUCUUUGCCUCUGUAGCAGCUCUCUAACACGACCACAGGCGGCCAUGGAGCCCAGGCUAGUUUAAUGUGUGUCAGCAGUAGAAGCAGCAGCAGCCUGAUUAUUGUCGCAUAGCAUGUUUCUGUGUUGCCUAAACAACCUGUGCACUAGAUGGAGCCUCUCGAUUUGUAUUUCCAAUCAUUUUGAAGUAAUCUAUCUGUUCCUAUUGCCUAUCAAGGACUGCAGCAGUGAUAGGAGCUUUUUCAUGUCAGUUAGGGGGGAAAAAAACCUCCCCAAGGACUCAUUUUUCAGUAGUGGUCACAAGAAAACAGCAGCUGUAUUUCCCUUGUAACCUUUAAAUACCACACUUAAAACAUAGGGAAACACCCUCACAGCAAACCUAUCACAGUGACACUCAUGUCCAGGUGUGUGUAUGAAUACUCCUCAGGCUGGUCUGGGAUCUGCUGCUGCAAGCAAGCUGAGAUUUUGAGGGAAGCCAGAAAGCAGCAUUAUGGUGAAACAAUUAUACAUGCAGCUCUACACACACACACCUCACUAUGCAGGGUUUGAUCUGAUCUAUGUAGAUGUUACACACGACACGUGUCGUACUGCAGACAUACAACCAGGUAAAGAAACAUGUAUACCCUCGUCUGAUAGGCCUGACCUGUCUUGCUACUCUACCUGUCUCUUCCAGUGCUGAUCAGUUGUUAAUGCAUGUACUCACCCCACCCUGUUGUCCCCCUCUAUUUCUACCUCUACCUCCCUUUUCCUUUCCUCCCUCAGAUGGACAGAAUCAAUUUUCUCUCCUUCUUCCUCCUUUGCUUGACUUCGGUUGCCAGUGGCAACAAAGGUCAGUUCCUCAUCCUUUAAACUGUUAAUUGUGAAGUGUGGAGAAGCUGGUUUUUUUUGACUGCCAUGGGAGCACGUACAGUAGUCCUGCCAAGGUGCCCAGGCGGGACCAUGGCCGUGUUUUUUGCCCCUAAAUGUACCUUAUAACUUUACUGCUGUGUCUAGUUCACAUUCCUCAUCACAAAAACAUUUCAUUUGUUGUGACAGACGUACAUAUUUGUACAAUUUGUGUCUCGUGACCCCAUGAGCAUGUGCGUGUUUGUCGCCUGGGAGAGAUGAUAAAUCUGUUUCCUCCUCUGUAGCAGAUUUAUCAUCCAGGAUAACCACGACUCUGAUUCAACAUCAUUGUUUCGGUUAUUACCACGCCGGGGGAAGGAGAACGAAGCGGACAGCAAAAGGGGGAGAAUGUCAGGGGAAGAGGAGGAGGAGGAGGGAAGGACGAGGAGAGGGAAGGAGGGAUAGAGUGUCAGGAGAAACAGAGGGAAAGAGGUUAGGAGAGACAGAGGAGAAGGAACCGUGACAGGAGCGGAGAGGACGUGGCUGAAAGGAUGUAGGGUGGAGGUGGUGGUUGUGUUAGUGGUGGUGCGCGAGAUCAGGUGACACGAGGGGGAAUAGGAGAGGAUACUGGACAGUCUCAUGUGUAUGUGUGCGUAUAUAUGUGUGUGUGCGUGUGUGUGUCAGUGAGACAGACCAGGAAGGGUGGGGGGGAUAGUUGUGGAGCGAUAGAGUGACAGAGGGAGGAAGAGUGCCAGAGAGAUGGAAUGGGAUGCCUCUCAGUCUGUAAUCCCGGGUGUAAUCCACGGGCCUGAUGCUCAGAUUAAUGCUAUAUUGCAGAGAGGGAGGGAGGGAGAUCAACUGAGGGAACAGAGGGCACAAAAUAAAUGACCAAAAAAGAGACACGACAGAGGAGUGUGGAGUAGAGGAGGAGGAGACGGUGUCUGUCUGGAUCUUUAGAGGAGAGGAUAAAUAUCUCUGAUGAGGUCUGGGUAUUGAACGUCAACAUUAUAAAAACACAGAGAAUUGAAAUCUGUCUGGUACGGUCGUCUUGGCCAAAAAUGAGAUUGAAUACUUUAUUAAGAUCCAGAUUUUUUCCAAUGUCACACUCUUAACUCGGUUUAUGUAUGGAAAUUAACUCUGAAUAGGAAUGUGAGCUUUUUUGUUGAAUUGAAAAUUAGUCAAGGAUUUUCUCUUUCGUUUUCUUUUUUCCACUCAGAGGGCCAGCAAAUGAUAACUGCUGUUUUGGAUUAAUCUGCUGAUUACUUUCUCCAUUUUUGGUCUGCGGAAGUCAGAGCUGAAAAAUGAUAGCUUGGCUAUGGCCACUAAAUUUGCUCUUUUUGGAUGACAAACAGUACAGCAUCCAUUAAUAUUCAACUUUUUAAGAACGUAAAAGAACCAUCAAAAAGUUUACUUUUAUUUCACUGUCAGUCAGAGUUGUCCCUGCACAGGAGGUAGGAACAAUUUAGCAUGGAAAUACCACUGAAAAUGCCUCAUAAUUAAAUUCUGUUAAGGAUUAUCAUGUGCAAAUUUGCUGAAAACGAAACAAAACAAUCCAAUUUAGCUUCAACUAGUUCUUAUCAGGCUGCUGAAAUACUCUUUUCAGAGUGGUUUAUGGAAUUGAGUGAUAAAUAAUACUGAUGCACUCAAGGUUGAGUCAUUUUCAACCAAAUUAAUAAACAUUAAUAAGAAAGUGUAAUAUUUAUCACCAUGAUGGAACAGAGAAAAACCUUAAAAUGACGAGAAAUCAAGCAUAUCUGAGACAAGUUACAAAUCAAUAUAAGAGCUGAAUAGUUCAAUAAUUUAUGAGUUUUGACAAUCAAUUAAUUAAUCAUGCGUUUCUGUUUCCAAGAGAAGAUGCCAAACAUUUACUAGUGCGAUCCACUUCAUGGUGAAGAUAACCCAUUUACAGUUUCCUAUAGAGGAAGCUGUAUGCAGAAUUUACAGAUUCAUUACAUCACUUUUCAUUUUUGAAAUAUUUUAUACACCAAGCAACUGAUGAUAGUAAUCAGCCCAUGAACAAUUAUGGAGAAAUCAUCAAGUGCAGCCGUGUGAAACACAUUUAAUCUGCACCUGGAUGUAAUACCUGAGGGCCUAUACAGGUAUUAUCAAGUUCAGGUAUAAGACCAGUCCCUACAAUCAGAGAAUUUUCCAGCACUGCCCUGCCCUCCUUUUAAAGAGAGAGAGAGAGAGAGAAGUUAGAUCAGAUUCAGAGCCAGCAGUGUUUCUCCUCUGUCGACUCCCCUCUCACAGUUGAGACAGCAGAAUUAGUUCCAGUCAGAUUUUGUGGAAAAUGUUCAGUGUAGACAACAAAGCAGCAGCUAAACACAAGUGCUGUUCUUCUGUCUGAUUUCAAACUCUGCAGCUCCAGUCUCUCAGAUUGAGGACAACAGAGGGGGAGGCACUCCAGUUUUUGUGUCUUUUAUUUUUUUCUCUCUCUUUGCUGGAGUGUAAAAUCGUCAUCCUUCUGGCUCAUUAACUUGGCCUUUGAUCAUCCGGCACAGAACAUUCAGCACAGGGAUGAAUAAUUAAUUUGCAAUUAAAGGUUAAACUCACAGUAAACCUCAGGCAUUUAAUUUGGCUGUUUUUCAGUGCAUUAUUGUGCGGCGCCUGUGGUCGGCCAGUUUGGCUGAUUGAUAUGAGCAAUAUAGCUCCCUGUGUGUGUGAUAAGGUGAGAUCUGACUGGCUUUAAUUAUACUGCCAACAAGAGAGGAGAGCAGAGGGAACAAGAAGAGGAGGAGGUCUACAUGGAGAGAGGAAGAAAGAAAGGGGAGUCUGUGAGGGUGCGGGUGUGAUUAAACCGAGUCUUUGUGGUCACACACAUGUAUACGUUCUGUAUUUCUCCACUUAUGCACACUCUCACCACAUCCUCGCUCAUAAUGGAGUGUUAAAAAUAGACACGCUGGUCCUUUCUAAUUGCUCCGUUUAACCCAAAGCCUUUUCGGUCUCUCUCUUCUUCCUCUCUGUGCCGUUCAGCCAAUAAGCACAAGCCAUGGAUCGAGACAGAGUACCAGGGGAUUGUCAUGGAGAACGACAACACCGUGCUGCUCAAUCCCCCUCUCUUUGCCCUGGACAAAGACGCUCCACUACACUACGCCGGUAACACCUACGAGGAAUAUAGGCUGAGAGAGAGAGAGAGAAAGAGAGGGAGAAAAAAAAAUCCAUUAAUUUGCUUGAACAUCCACAGAGCUGUGAAAAAUAGGUCAAAUCGAGUGCUGGGCCAGCCAAAUUGAAAAUUAUCUCACCAGGCCUUAUUGGACUUAAAUAGUAAACAUAAUUUUUUCUCAGGGAAGAGUUUUGCGCUAACAGAUUGCUGCCAUAUUUCCCAAUAGACAGUCUGAAUAUUAAUGGCAAUAUAUCCAGUCACAGAGUCCCUCUAUUUUUAACCCAUCAUAGUGUAAUUCAACCCUUCAUCUCAGGGGCAAUCUACAGCGCUCGCCCUACCUCUGCAGCCUGAUGAAAUAAGGUUGUCAUGUUUGCACUCCUGGAAAUAACCAUGUUCAGUCUAAUUAUAAGAGUUCAACUAGAAUUACUCGAGCGCUCCCUGAAAUUCUAUUGGGCUCGUGUCAAGAAGGAGGAGAAAAUUAGCUGUUUGAGCAGGAACCUUCCCCACCUUCGACUGGUGUCAGCCGAGGGAAGAUCAGCUGCAGGCUUUUAUUUGGUGCUCAGCUGCUGUCUGUUUUAUUCUCUGCCCUAAAAUGAUUGUAUUAAACCAAGUGCCACUUAGAGGUAAAUUACAAGAUAUCCGUAUGCACUCUUCCAAUCAUCUAAGAGUGAUACAACUUUUCAGCUUCCCAAUAAACCCCCACAGUUACUUCAGUAUUGACAUUUGGUCAAGUAUUUUCCUCACUAUAGUUGCAUACUACUAAUUUUUAAUACGAUAAGAGUGUUAGAAAGCAACAAAAAGACAAACAUACCAUCACCUUUAUUUUGUAGUCUAGACUGUAGGGUUUCCCACCGGGAUGUGAGGUUGAGUGCAAAACCUUUAAAUGUAUGCUGAAGGUAGACAGAGAGCUCUUAAAGUAAUAAAGAAAUCUAUCCUAAAUCUAUUCUAUAGUCAUCAGGAUUUGUUGUUGUUGUUGUUGUUGUUUCACUCUCAGAUGGUAAAGCUGCCUCUCAGACAGAUAAGAGUCAGAGCUACAAUAAUAAAUCUAAUGCAGAACAAAAGCGUAAAUAGUUUGAACAUGUCAAAACCUUGGGAAGUCAUAACAAAGAACCACUAAACCAGAGAAUUUGGACGUUUUUAAUUCAGAGAGUCAGCAUAUUCAUGUGUCAGCAUGACUUAUUCUUUGAUUUGCUUAACUUUCUCUGCCUCUUUCAGGUGAAAUCUGUGGCUUCCGGGUUCAUAAUGGCCCCUCAGGUUCAGGUACGGUCCAGUUUGAAGCCGUGGUUCUGGACCGAUCCACCGGAGAAGGUCUUGUCCGGUCCAAGGAGCCGCUGGACUGUGAGAGCCAGCGGGAGCACAGCUUCACCAUCCAGGCUUAUGAUUGUGGAGAGGGACCAGACGGAGUCAACAGCAAGAAAUCACACAAGUUAGUCCACCUCUUUGCCUCUCUCUUUUUAUAGAGGUCAAGUAAUGUUCUCAGUAAAAUAAAUGUUGAUUUAAAUCAAGUUUAGAUCACAGUUUGAAUUGAAAAGUGAGAAAGUGAAAUUAAAAAGGCUCAAAUAUGUGAUAAAAAAAUCAAAAUCACGUGAUUUAAAGUCAUAUUUAUGAGAUAAAAGGUCAAAAUUCUACAUUUAAAAAAACAUAAUUAUGUGAAAAGUACAUAUUGUUGAUUGAAAGAUCAUAUCAUUUGAGCAUCUAGAUAUGCUUUUAUUUUGAAACAGGAAUUUGUAGAUGCUCCAGUUUGAAUGCUAGGUCUUUCUUUUUACUAGGGGCUGCUUUCAUCCUACCUGUGAAAUUUGAUUUUGAUUUUUUUGAUUUUUUUAAAAUUUUUGAUUUUUUUAAUUGUCUCAUCGAAAAAUAUGGUUGAAGUGCCAUAAAUAUAAGUUAAGAAAAAACCUAAACAUUGAAAGUCAGAGUUAUGAGAUAAACAGUAAAAAGUAAGAGUUCUUAAGGAAAGUCCAAACUAUGAGAUUAAAAAUAUUUUUUUAAAAGAACAGACAUUGGGAGAAAAUUUGUAGUUUAUGAGGACUAAUCAAAGAGAUAACAGUCAUGAUAUUUUAAGAGUUACAUUUAGAUAAAAAAAAAAAAGGUCAAAUUAAUGACAUCAAAAAGCUAAAAACGAAGGAUAAAGACUCUUAAUUUUGAGACAAUGAUUGGAAAAACUCAACAUUUUGGGGGGAUAAAAAGUCCUUUUCCAGGUCAAAAGUAAAAUUAGAACACAAAGCAAAAAGAUAACAUUUUAAAGUGAAACUCUAACAAUGGCAUUAAAAGCCUGAUAAUUUAUGUUAUCUCAUUUUGAUGAAUCUUAUAAACUGUAGUAAAAUCUCUGCAGCUCAAAAUCUGGAUUAACUGUGUUGUUUAUUUGAUAUCACAUUUUCAUCUGGUUUUGCUCUAGUACUGGCAGACAUUGGCUCCUCUGUCCUCCAAACUCAAAAAGAGAUUUAUUACUUCAAACAAUAACUACAGCCUCUGUCUGCUGCUCUCUUGGCUGUGUGCUGUUAUGACCAUCCAGCCUGUUUCUGCAGCCUAAUGUGACCAUACCAAUCCUGCUCUCUCUCUCUCUCUCUCUCUCUCUCUCUCUCUCUCUUUCUUUCUGCUGGCGUUUUGCCUCCCACUCUUGCUUCCCUCAGGGCCACCGUGCAUGUUCGUGUUAACGACGUCAACGAGUUCUCCCCUGUGUUCGUCGAGCGUCGCUACGAGGCUUCAGUCCCAGAAGGUCGUCUGUUUGACAGGAUUGUGCGCGUGGAGGCCCUGGACGCCGACUGCUCCCCUCAGUACAGCCAGAUCUGUUUCUAUGACAUCAUCACGCCCAAUGUGCCCUUCGCUAUUGACAAUGAUGGUGAGACAUGUUUUCCUUCAACUUAUUAGUAUUUGUCUUUCUCUCCUGCCAAGAAACCAUCCCCUCAUCUGUAACCAUAACAUUUCUAUUUUACACUGUCUGCACGAUCAUCUCUGUGUGGCUUCACAUGAAAGAAGUCAUUUAAUUCAGGUUUCAAUUCAGUAUGCAACCCAGGAUGUACUGUUCACGCUGGAGAGACACACACACUCACUCACACACACACACACACUGCAGAUACUGCUGAGGUGACAGAGUAGGAGCAGCAUCUUAAUUCCCUCACAGGUAGAAACCAAAAGAUGUUAAAAUAGACUUUGUGUAGGCGGACGAUUGUUCUGUCUCUGCAUAAACACUGCAGCAGCUGUUCUGUUUAAUAUAGCAUCCUUUCUUCUAGACUCGUUAAAUUCUUCUCCUCGUAUCCAUUGACCAGCUGCGGAGAGAUCAAUUGUAAUGUGACACAGCAGCUGAGGAGGACCCUGUUUGAGGAUGACUCUGCAGAUUUGCCCUCGACUCACUCGGAGGGUUUUAAGAGGAUGAAGCAGCUCCUUUCUUUCUUUUUUGCUUUUUUGGGUCAGACUGGUACAGCGGCAGCAGCGGCAGCAGCACAGAGACCUUUUGUUCCAACCUUGUUUCAACACUGUGGGCUUGUCAUUGUCUAUUUUCUUUCUCCUUACUUUGUCUUUUACUAUCUCUUUCAUCCCUCUGUUUCUCCUCUUGCCAUCGCGCAGCAUCGUCUGUCGUACCUAUUGUUUGUCAGCUGGCAUGCUGAGCGCUGUCAGCCAAUCUGACUUUAUCUCUAAAAAGCAGUGGGGAAAAAACAUGUUUUAUUCUGUUUUUCUGCAUUCAAUCUCCCUCUAUGUGUUUCUCCUGCUACUCUUGACUAUAGAAUGUGCGGGAAAGGAUGACGACUCUGUCAAUUAGCAGAAAGAAGGCUUAUCAAUGCAUGCUCAUCCGUGCUAGGUUUUCAAUUAUUCAAGCUUGUUGUUGAUGACUAACUCUUCUAUUUCUGUGUCUUUUAUCCUUUGAUUCAUUCUUCUCUCGUCCUUAUCUCUCUUUGUCUCACUCCGUCUCCUAGGCAACAUUAAAAACACAGAGCCGUUGGAUUCAAAGCGUCAGCGCGUUCACACCUUCUGGGUGACCGCCUUCGACUGUGGGAAGAACCGAGCUCAGGCUGACGCUCAGGUUGUCGUCACUGUCAAACCGUCCUGCAAACCUGGCUGGAUGGGUAAAACACCUAUUUCUUUAUUUCACCCUAGAUAGUCAUGUUUGGAUGAUUAGUGAGGCUUUGGAGAUGUGUUUUAGCUGUGUUAUCCAUCUCUAUUUGGCUGAAACUAUCACUUUAAUCUGGAAUGUGUGUGGGCUCCCACUUGGAUGAAUCACCUUUGCAUGUUUAUAUCAAGAGCAGAGUUUUAAAGAGGAAGAGCUGUAGCCAAGUUACACCAAAGCAAACCAAUUACAUAAGCUGUUAAAAUCACGCAUAACGCCGCUGAACUCACCCCGACAUUAGAUCUGUCUGCAAGAUGAGCGAGCACUGUUUACUGACAGACUCUCAAGUUCACGGAUGUGACAUAUUGCAUCUCUUUACAUAGAUUCAUUUUAAACACACUGCAGAGCUGUUUCAGUGCAGUGUCACAGUUUUAAAUAUUAGUUUCCAGAUUUGCACAUAUAAUGUCAAGAAAAUGGUUCAUAUAAAGACAGAUAAAUAGCAUGAAAACAAGUGAUAAUUCUUGCCCAUGUUAAAAUAUCAACAGGAACCAAACUGAGUAUAGAGAUGCACCAAUCCAUUUUUUUCCAACCCAAUCCAAUACCGAUACCUGGGCUGAGCGUAUCGGCUGAUAUCCGAUACCAAUCCAAUACUACUGUUGAAUGAAUGAACUGUAUACUUUGCCCUGUGGGUGAAGGCAUCAGGCUUGACAUUAGCCUUGUUAAAAAUAGUUAACAAAUUAACACAGAAAUAAUGUACUUAAUAUUAUUUAUGAACAAUAACAAAUUGCACAUUAGCACACAGCAAAAAGAAGUUAGACUUCCGUGCGCUAAAAGAAAAAAUAAUUAAAAGAAAAAAAAAAGACUGAAUCAGAACGCUGGAUUGGCAUCAUUCAUCAGAUACCCGAUCAAGUUAAUUGGUCAAUAUUGGUGCUGGUAUCCGAUCCAAAUAUCGGAUUGGUGCAUCCCCAAAUGAGUACUCAGGUUCCAGGUCAAAAUGAUGCAAAACUUAUAUUAAUUGAAGUUAAAACUAGUAUUAACUACAAUCUAAACCUCUGAGUUAACCUCUAUUAAAUAAAAAAUGACUAAAUUUAAUCCUAGAUUUUUUUAAGUCACAUGUAUAACUUAGUAAACAUCUCUUUCAUGUGAAGGACAUCUCUUUCUCUGAAGUGUUUAAAAGUCAGAGGAUGGUUGUUACCAGACUGACUGUGCACAAAAUUAUGCUCGUUCUUGGCCUUCACGACAAAUGCGCUAAAAAAAACAUCACCCUGUACAUUUAUUUACAAAUACAUAAAUUAACUACAUACACAAAUAUUUAUUUGUACCAAGCUGUAAUCAUGUUAAAUUUUUCUGUAAAAAUUGGCAUUUCAACCAUCCAUGGCUUUCCCUUUCAGCCUCAGUUGGUAUUAGGGGAAACAACAUUUUUUAAAUAGGAGAGGUGUCCACUUUCUAAAAUAUAAGAGGAGACUUAACCUGAAGCAUGCUGUCCAGUAUUUCUAGGAUUCAGUGGUCUCAUAUUAUACUUUCAGGUUAUAAUCUGGAUUUAAUGACAUAUUAUUAUUAUUAUUAUUAUUUUUAAGGCUGGACCAAGCGUGUUGAGUACACACCUGGGUCUGGAAGCAUCCCCCUGUUCCCCAGCCUGCACUUGGAGACCUGUGAAGAGACUGUAUGGAACAUCCAGGCCACCGUAGAGCUCCAGACCGGCCACAUCGGGAAAGGCUGUGACAGGGACAGUUACUCUGACAGAUCUGUGCGACGGCUGUGUGGUGAGAUCUUGUUCGAACCUCAAAACUGUCGCGUUAUCUAGUGCCAAGACCUUUGUCAUCGACCGCCUCUCUUUGUUGUUCCUCAGGUGCUGUGAGGGGUGAAGUUGACCUCCUCCCGCCCCCAUCCCCUGCUGCUAACUGGACCGCAGCUCUUCCUACUCUCCCUUCCUCUGAUUCAUCUCUUGUCUUCUCCUUCAACGGGUCAAACCACGUCGCCGUGGUGCCGGAUUCUGUUGUCUCUGCACUAUCAGGCGAUCACUUCACCCUGCAGCUGUGGAUGCGAAGGGGCGGGGCUAACAUCCAGCCUUCAACCACUCAGACCAGAGGAAACCGCAAAGAGGAGGAGACGAUUGUGUGCAGCACUGUCAGGAAUGGUAGGUUAAAUCAUGAAGUGACUGCGUAGGAAUUUUGGAGAACAUUUGGAGAGAUAUUUGGUUAGAAAGGCGAAAGAAAAUCAGACAGCCAACCCACGGAGGGUUACUCAGGACUGCGGGUGAAAUCACAGCUGUUUAAAGGUUCAACAGCUACUAUCAAGGUGCUCUUGAAAGACACACUUGAACCCAGCUUCUACAGCCAAGUGGAGAGUAAAACAUUGUUAUUGUGCCAGGAAGGAUCUUGUUUGUAUGUUGUGAGUGUUGUCAGGUGUAUAACUUUGUAGGCUGCAGAGCUAAAAGGCAGCAGGUUCAGCGGACUUUCCCUUUUUUUAAAGGCACAGACGGAUUAAAAACGAUUAAAAGUUCUUUUGUUGUUUAUUCUCUUCAGACGUGCCUCCUUAUGUUCAGGUGUUUCCAGGAGACCACACUGACCCACUAACUCUUCCUUUGCCCCCCAGAUGACUCCUUUUCCCACUACUCCCUCUCCGUCCACGGCUGCCGUCUGUCCCUCUUUUACUGGCCCGAUGUCUCUGCUGCGCGGCCUGUCAAGUUCCUGUGGAAACUGGAGCAGGUACUGAGGGAACUGCAGCGCUCAGCUUUGAUGUUCUUACUUACACUGUUUCUUUUGUGUUUGUACCCUCAAAUUAAGCUGAAACAGUUAUACUUGUGCAUGCAAACCAUCUGGCUUAUGCCCUGGAGGGAUUAUGAGACACAUAUUUCAAAUAACAUCCAUUUUCUGACAACAGAACAACACUGACAUUACAAAAACUUUCAGAUAACAUAUUUAUUCAGAAACAUUUCACCUGAGUUCCUUUCUCCUCCCGAGGCUAUCCAGAAAAAUAACUUUUCUAAAUGUUUUAUGGUUUAAAAAAAGCCAGCUGGGUCUUAUUGCAUCAGCCUGUAUUCUCAAAAUCAGUUUAUGUUUUUAUCUUAUUGAAUUAAGCGCUGUGCAGCUCAGACUAUGAAGGAUAACAGGAAAUAAAAUGGAACAAAUUUCCAUUCAGACAGAUAAUUGAAUAUUCCUUCUUUUGAUUUCAGAGUUAAGCAGUAAAAUUUUUGAUAUUAACUUCUUUGCCUGUGAUAUGACAGAUUCACAGCACCACACUUUUAUUUAUCAGCGUUGAUAUUUGUGUGUGUGAAAGAGUGCAUGAAACAGACACACAUGUCACAUCCCUGCAUGUGGUGUCAGUGUGUGUGUGUGUGGUUUCAUAAUGUGGGGGGCUCAGGGGAGGCUGAUGGGGGGGUUUGUUUUGACUGAAGCCCCCAGCCCCAGACAGAUUGAAGCGGCAUGGAUUAAAGGAUGCUGAGCUGAUACAGACAAGAUUUGUCAAAUCCUUCUGUCUGAACCACCAUAUCUCAUUACCAGGGUCUGUCCUUUUUGGCUCUCUGUCUGUGAUUUCUUCCUUUCCUUUUCCAUGGAGAAAUAUAAAAUUUAUGGGCACUUGUGCUUAACCACGAUUUAAGGGAACACAGUCACAACAUUCAUGUCACAGUUCAAGGUACUAGUAACUAUCCAGAUUAAGAUCCAUGAGGUUUUUAGAGCUCUUUUAGAACAUUGUUGAAGUGUAAACCAGUGAUACCUGAGACCUCUUACAUAAAAGCACCAUCAGCCAGGAGCCCCUUUGUUACGCUCAAGAUUCCUAUGAGCUGUAAACAUACGUCCUAAAAUAUUUUCAUUUCAAUGCCUGCUAAAGCCCAAAGUGAAUUAUGUUGUUAAAGGUCCUGUAAGUAACUUUUGGCUUGUGUUGGUUUUGGUGCCCCCUGUAGACGAAACGGUACAUCCCAGCUGUUUGUUGAUCUUGCCCCAGACACACAAAUCUCACCCAGCUUUCUCUAACAAGUCAAAUGCAUCAUUCAUUAUGAAUCUUCUCUUUAAUAGUCUUAUCUUCAAGAAGGCAAUAUCCUAUUCUGCAGCAAGGGUCACAGGUACAUAAUUCGAUAUGAUGUGUUAGGAUACGAUAGGAUACGAUGCACAAUACAAAACGAUACGAUACAUGAUACGUGAUACAAUUCAAUAUCAUACUGUACACUUUAUUUAUAAAAUGACUCAAAGGGAAUCAGUUUCAUCGCAAGCUAAAAACUCCUUGUAAGAACAAAGAUAAGACAACUUAAAAUACAGUUGAGUUGUGAUAUAAAGUUGAACUUUUCAUUUUUUUCUGCUCCAUUUAUCAUCAUAUUUUUUAGAGGAUCUCUGUGAGGGGCCUGACCCUGUAUUUGGAAACUACAGGCCUACAUUUCUAAUCUGAACAUAAUGUAGUUUAAAAAAGCUACUUUGGAGUGUUUUUGGUUUCUGCAUAUUUUUAUAUUUCCUGUUUAAACAGAAAGCUUUGAAAGUUGAAGUGCAUAAUGGUGCUUACUGGAAGUCAGAGACUCUAAAGCGCCAUUAGGAGAACCUACAAAACUGUUUUGGAGUCAGUUGCUGGAAUGAAAGUAUCACAUCCCACUAGCAUUAAUAGUCAAAUGUAUUUCUAAUUGCAAGUACUUGCUGUUAAAAUCUAUAGGAGGGGUUUCUUUUUAGAGUUCUGUCAGUCAUUUGGUCUCAUAUCUACCCUGUUAAAAGAGGUUUCAAGCACUAAAAAGUCUAAUAUAGAAAUUUUCACUUAAGCUGCUGUUGGACUUGGUUUUGCUGGUCAUGAAGAGACAUCAGUACCAAUCAAAAUCUGUUUCUAAACAAAUGUAAAACCUCCUCACAGGAUCCUUUUUUUUAAUAAUCAGAUUUUGUUUUAUUUUUGUAAUUUACGUAGAACCAUACAUCAUUUUAAUUCAAACAAAAAAACAAAAAAACAAAAAACAAAAAGAAGGGUAAACAAAGAAAACCUCCAACAACAACAACAAAAAAACGCAUCUUCAGUUAAAGAAAUAUGUGUCCUUGUACCUAUAAAAACACUGUCUCCCCUCCGUACAGUUUCACUUAAACCUUUAGGCAAGUAAUCCAUUAGGGGCCGGCAUGUGUCCAUAAAGAUAUCAUCAUUCCCUUUCUCACGGGGUCUUUUAAUGAAAGAUCUGACUUGUACUCGGACCCCUGACUCCUGUAAAUCAGUAGAAGUCCAGAUGUUUACCUCUGUGGGAUUGUUUGGACUGUUUUUUGUCUAGGAUCAUGUUGACUCCGUGUUAUCUGUGUCCAACAGGUAUGUGACAGCGAGUGGCAUCAUCUUUCACUCAGUGUCCAGUUCCCUUCAGUGACCUUGUACGUAGAUGGCGUGACCUUCGACCCUGCUCUCAUCCAUGACAACGGAGCCAUCCCCAACCCCGCCCCCCGCCAGAGGAUGUUCAUCGGCGCCUGCUGGGGUACGACAGUAAAAUUUACGCUCUGCGAAUCAUCCCCCCACUGACACACAUUUCAUUCCAGCUUCCUGUGCAAGCAGAGAGCGACAAAUCCUGUUUUUUUCUUUUUGCAUUAAUACUACGAGCAGAAAAUGUGAAUUCCUCUGCUGCUAAAAUGUCAUUUAAAUUAAAUCUCACAUCACCGGCAAAAACAGGCUGACAAUCUGGGGUAAGCAGCAGAACCUCACGAUCUAUCACAAGGCAUCACAACCUGCCGAGACGUUUCCCCUCCUGUCUUUCACUCCCUGGUUUCACUGACUUAUAAUUUGGUUGAUGUAUUUUAUCUUCGAGGGCUAAUAAUAUAACUGACUUCAUCAAUUAUUCAGGGCAGCAGAACAACACGAGGGCCAGACAGCUAUCAGCCACUUACACUCCAACCGCUGGUUAAAAUGGGAAACUCGGGCUGCCAAUUAACUGUGAAACACACACACGCACACACACACACGCACACAUAGAUAGACACUGCACUUACACUCUGAAGUGAAAGCUGCUCUUCUCCCUGUUUGGCAACAGCUGCUGCCAGAUAAUGAGGAGAUGGUGAAUUUCUGAAUAUCAUCAGCGGGUUUUCUUUUGCCUGUGUUUUCUCACUUGUGUUCGCCGUGCGUGUGUGUGUGUUUUUUUAAUUCUUCUUGUCAGUCUCUGGCACCCUCACUCCUUCUUGCACUUUCUUCUCAUACCUAGUAUUUUUCUGUUUUUGUCUCUGCUGUCUGGUUUUCCCUGCAGAGCCAGAAGAAAAGCAGAAAGAGAUUCUAAACAACACCAUCCCAGAGGGGAAAGACUCAGGUGACCUCCCUGUUUUCUCGCCGUCGCUGGCAUGAGGCUUUUCAGUCUGUUGUCUAUCGUUGAUGUGCUUAUUGCAAUAUGAAUAUGGUCUUUUAUAAUCCCCUGUCUUUGGUUUUUUAGUCAAGUAUGUUGGAGGGUACCACGGCCUGUUGUCAGGGGUGACAGUGCGUCCAGGCAGCGUGGAGCCUCACAGUGUGGUCGAGUGUCUGUACGCCUGCAGGGAGGGGCUGGACUUUGGAGACCUGGAGACCCUGGGCUCUGGCAUGAAGGUAACAAGUCAGAAUGACACAUUAUAAUGAAACAGGAGCGCAGUAGAGUCAUAUUUAAGAUCUGGAAUGAAAUCCUGUGUCGAAUUUCCGUUCCUUCUUAUGUUUUUAAAUCUUUCUAAAGACUGUGAAUUACUGUUAGUCCUUUCCAGCGCUUUUAAAAAACCCGACCUAAUUAAAAGCUCUCAACAAAAUUAUAUAUUUUGAUAAUUGUAAUAAACUCAAAAAGAGUUUGUAUUCAAAUCUGCUCCCAUAAACUUAUUUCCUUAUACUGACAGAAAACCAAAGAAAAGUCUUUUGUUGACUUAUGGAGAAAUGUUUCUUUUAUUUAUCAGUGUUCAUUAUUCACAUUGUACUAAAUAAAUCUUUCUUUAAGCAAUCACUGGGUUAGAUCUGACACAUCAUUACUUAUUGAACUCCGUCAAUCUCAGUGCCUGUGUUAGAUCUGAUUUAAUUUUGAUUUUUACAUCUACAGGAAGAAUUACUAACUAAGUUUUUCUCUUCAAAUUGUUCAGAGUUAAUUGUAUCUUUAUUCAUUUCAUUAUGUUAUGCAUAUGUGGUGAUGGGUUUUUUACAGACACGUUUUGGUUUGCAUGAUAAAGCGGUGGCAGUUUUGCCCAAAGGAGGGUCUUGAUUGAAUUUUUCUUCAAUUUGUUUCACCCGUGCUCAUAUUUUCGCAACCCCUCUGUGCUCUUUAAUUCUGUUUUCAUACCUGCUGUGGACGUGUCACAAAUGAAAGAAUAUAUUCACAAUUUUCAGAACUCAACGGGAGGAAAUAUAGCAAAGAAUAUCUGUUUCAAACUUGAGACGAAUAAGAAUGUUUUAUUCACAAAUAGAUAGCAUGUUGCCAGAUGUGUUUCAAACUUCUUCUUGAAGUAAUUUGUGAAGCCUGAAGCGUUUACCCGAGGGUGAAUAUAUGUUUUAUGAUUUAGAAGGUAUUAUAUGUUUUGUUACACAUUAUGUUUAUUAAAGAGAAGAAACGUAAUUUAUGUCAUAGGGGUUUACAGGUACAAAUAAUUCAGUUUAAUACAGUUCAUAGUUUUUAAAUCUCAGCUGGGAACAUUUACAUGACAGUGAAGGAAACAAAUACAACAUUUUUUUUUUCUUUUAACUAUUUAAAUGAAAAAUAUGACAAGCAUUCACCACAGGACAUAACUAUUUUGGGUUUUAGUCGUGUUUUGGUGUAGCUGCAGCUUCUCGCUCCUCUGCUGUCUGCAUGUUGGAGCUUUGUGGGGAUGGGCUGGCACACAUGCGUUCACAUACAAACAUACAAACAGGGAUGUCACACCAUGCUGAUCUGGACAUCAGCUUCCUUGCUUGUGUGUUAUUAGCUGUUUUAUAUGCUUUUACCUCCGAACAUCUUAAUUAGAUUGAAGAGAAUCAAGAAUUAAGCCUCUCUUUGGUUUUUCAGGUUCACGUUAACCCCAGUCAGUCAGUGUUGGUGCUCGAGGGAGACGACAUCGAGAGCUUUAACCGCGCCGUGCAGCAAGUGACCUACAGGAACUCUCUACGCUUUGCAACUCCUGGAGUGCGACCCCUGAAACUGACCACCUCACUCAGGUACAAACACACACACACACACACACACACACACACACACACACACACACACACACACACACACACACACACACACACACACACACACACACACACACACACACAAACACAUUAUUAAGAGCGUUCUCAAUAAAUAAAGACCUGAAUAAGGAAUAAGAUAAAGCAUUUUAUAGAAGAAGUAAAAGUACACAAUGAAGCAAAACAAUUUCCUCCUAUAUAUUUUUCUAUCGUUAUUGUGUCCUUGAAAAGUCUCUCUCCUUGCAAAGCUUUACAAAUAAAAUGUAUUAUUAUUAUUAUUAUUAUUAUAAAAAGUUACCAGUAUAAUGUCACUCAAGUGGGUGUUUAUAAACAGGAUGUCUUGUUUGGUUAGUUGCUUCAAAAGUAUGUGUAGAAAACUGAAAGUUAAAAUCAUUUCCUUUAUGGAGAAAUCUACUUUUCAUUUAAUAAAUAGAUUGCUGGGUUUGCAAAAGACAUGAAACAUUGUGGACAAAAUAACCACGGCAAAGUGAGUUCUUGUUGUUCAGUGCAGGCUGGUACUGGUUUCACAAAUAUCACGCGUCAUUCUCACAGUCACGUGACAAAGGUAUCCUCCCAGUUCAGUAGUCCAUUCAAGCUGCAAGAUUUCUGGUCUCCUCCUCUGCUUUGUCAUUGCCGCUGCUGCUCUGCAGUAGUGCUGCGCUUAUCCUCUCAGCCCCAACAUCUGCACAGCAUCCACCUGCAGGCUUUGGCUAUGUGGCUUAAGAUAUUAUCACAUUACUCCUCAAAUAUCUACAAUUUAGAUAAAUCUGGCAGGAGCUAUAAGGUCAGAGAGUAGAAACCAAACAAUACAGAAGCAGAGUUGGGGAUUCUGGCAGUACUUCACCUAUUUAUUUCUAGUCUUAAAUGGUCAAAGCCCCAGCAACACACGUAGUGAAAAGAAACAUUUUCUUUAGCAAAGAGACUAAACACAACUCACCCACUCUCUUCCAGCAGCCACUUGUUUGUACGGAGACCUCAGGCGAGUCCAUUACUGCAGCGGGGUGACGCAGCUUAAGGAAGAACAUAUAUGAUAAUUUCUUCAUGGAAAUGCAAUCAGACCGAGACGCUAAGGCAGAAGAACUACUGCGUCUGCAGUGCAAAAUGAUUAAUAUGGUGAUUAUUACUUAAAGGAAAUGAUAAAGUAAUGAUCAUAAAUGUUCUUCCUUGAGCUGCAUCACCCCGCUGCGGUAAUGGACUGGCCUGAGGUCUCUGUACAAACAAGCGGCUGCUGGAAGAGAGUAGGUGAGUUGUGUUUAGUCUCUUUGCUAAAGAAUUUAGGGAAAGUAAAAAAGAUGUUUGGUGGCUGGUGCUGUGGCUGGGACCCUAUAUGUCCUGUUGAUGAAGUUAGGUGUUGUUCUGAGCAUUAUUUGUGGCUAUAGAGUGGCGUUUUGGCUGAGCGCUUGGCUCCUGGGACCGCUGUGUAUUGCUGUUAUUACUAAAGUUAGUUUAACUAUAGCAGCAAGCGGCGACAACAUUAAUCUUGUGUGUCUAACUCGGUGUUACGGUUAAUUAAUUUUACCCCGAAUAUCCCUUUAAAGCAGGCUUUGACAGUAAAUAAUACUGUGUUACUUAAGUACAGAAGUUAAACCAACUGCAUUUUCAAGAAAGUAAAUUGAAGCAGUUGAAGACCCAAAGGUAAAUCAUCACAAACAACAUCUCUAAACAACACAAACGACAGUCGGUCACAGUUUUACAGGAGUGUGUGGGAGUCCAGCAGUUAAAGGAAGGGUCGCUCUGUGGACUCUGCGGCUGCUUUGACAUUGAACUCAUCAAACAUGGACCUUGGCUGGCUGUGAUAAGAAGCAGCAUAGCAUGAAAGAAACGAUUAUAUAGAGAGUAUGUCAAAGACAGAGAUAAGACAGAAUAUCUUAUCUCUUUGUUCGCUCUGGCUCCAAGUGAGUUUGGCUUUGUUGGAGAGUAAACUGCAGGUGAUGCAUUCUUCUUGGUUUUGUUGUAACUGGAGUUGAAGGGAAAAUCCUGUUUCUCUUUUGAGUUAAAGCUGAUCUUAUCUGUUAGUAUUUUACAGAAUUAUUCCCACUCGAUAGAAACUUCUCACACAACCAAGAUGUUUCUAUUUUUGCUCCCUCGAACACUUCUGGACACGCUGUUCAGCUUCUUAACCAUCCUUGGGUCCUGAAUGCAUCACACUGAAUCACCUGGCUGUGAAAAUAAAAGCACACCAGCGUCUGUUUGCGGGUCAGUGCUCAGCCAUGCUUAACAACUGUGAACUGGCUUUCUGGCUUUAGCAGUCACUUUCAGCUGAUCAAUUAUUAAUUCACUCUGGCUCCAGCGUCCAGCACAUAAACUCUGCGCUAUACUUUGUAUCUAUACCAGAACUAGUUACCAAGAUUAGAUCUCAUCAAUUUAUCACGCUCUGCAAAUCGUCUUUUUACUGUCUUUUGGUUUUUUUUUAACCGCGUUCAUGGGAUUAAACUGAUUACUAGGCCACAAGUCCAUGCUGGAGUUGUAUUUUCUCAGCGUUUUAAAGAUUUCACUGAUUCAAGGUCACGGGGAGAUUUUUUCUCACUUGGUUUCUGCUCAAGUGUACCAGAGUUUUUUUUUUUUUUUCCUCCUGCAGCAUGUUUCAUUGCGUGUGUGAAGAUUAGACUGAUUUGAGGCCAGGAGUUUCCCAGAUGGCUGAACAGCAGGCCCUUCUGGAGAGGCCGAAACAAGCAGCUGCUCACUCUGAUAGUUGAAAAAGCAAUACACACACACACUCACACACACACUCACACACACUCACACACUCUCUCUGCUUAAUCCCCCUUCAAAUAUGAUUCUAAAUUAUAAUGCAGACGAAUAAAUACAUGUAAGCAGCCAGUCAGAAAUCUGAUUUCCUGGCAGUAAAACUCCACUUACUCCAGAGCUUCUGUGUUUUUUUUACAUUUUCUGUUUUCAGACUUUCAACAGACCAAGUUUAACGACUGUCAUGAUGGAAUUAGGGAGGUAGAUGGAGAAAUCAUUUAACUGGAUUUUGGCUUUUAUGUACCUGAAUACCCGCCAGCUGUCUUACUAGUCAUUUCUACAGCUUUCCAUAUUUUAGUGGUGCUAUUGGUUCAAGCUUUCCAAAGAACUCUGACUUGGUGGAAACAACAAUAAUGAUGAUAUUAAGCAUGUUUCAUAUCUGUUUUUAAUCAUCUUAGUUAAACAUAAUGGCAUGUCAGCUGUACAAACUUGCAUUUCACACCAAGUGUAGCUAAUCUGCUCACAUCACCCCUGUCUUAUCGCGUCUACCGGUCAAUUUUCAUAUUCAUUUUACAAUUUAAGGACCCCCCAAUGUAUCUCUGAUUUGUUGUCCCCCUACUACCUAAGGCGCACCCUUCAGUCAUCAGACCAGAACACCCUAAUGGUGCCGAACACACGUUUUAAAACUCAGGGAGACCGGGUUUUUAAGACUGUAGCCCCCAGACUCUGGAACAAUCUGCCUUUCUCCCUCCGUUUGAUCGACUCUGUGGAUACUUUUAAAAAGCAGUUGAAGACUCUUUUAUUUAGACAAGCUUUUAAAUAACAGGGUUUUGUUUGUCUCUUUUACUCAUCUUUUAUAUCGGCACUCAUUUCCAUAUUCACUUGUACUGUAUUUGUAUUUAUGUAUGUGCUUAUCUUUUUUAUACCGUUUUUUGUUUAUCUAAUUGCACUUAAUUUAUGUACAGCACUUUGUGAUUUCUUUCAGUGAAAAGCGCUCUAUAAAUAAACUUUACUUACUAGCUAAGGCUAAUACUAAUAAAGCGGAUGGGAACAUCAUCACGUUUGCAGCUAUGUGGUUAUAAACCUCAGUUCUAAACAAAGACUGUGAGAAAUGAUAGACAUCAUUGCAGCCCCCAAAAGCAAAGGCAAAUCCUUUACAGAGUGCUACAGCACAGGCCAGAGAGUUUCUCAAUGGUCUUGUCUCAAUGGUUCUAUUCAACAUGUACUUUUCUGGGUGCAAGUUUGUCCCUGUCGUCUUUGUCUCAUUGGUUCUUUAACAUACAGAACAUGUUGUACCACUCUCGCUCACGUUUUCUGUAAAAUCCUUGAAAGUGUAACAAUAGAGUGACAGAACUGUUGCUGAAUAUGAUGGCGUGUGUGUAUAUGCAUGGAAGUACUUGUCCUUACUCCAAACUGGAUGACCUGUUCUGGAAGGAAAAAUGCUGAGGCAGUCUCUAUUGAUAAGUUCGUUUUGAGUUUUACAUAAAUCUUACAAAGCCUCAUUUGGCUCCUGGUGUGGCUGUUUAAUGUGAUGUUACCAGAGUCAGUAUCUGUCUGACUUCAUGUAAAACUAGAAGAGCACUCGGAGAGCACAGACCUCCGCCAAGCAGCCUAUGUUCCCCCUUAUAUUGUGAUUCACACCAAAACUUUUACUGUUACGUGUCUUUUAUUAACAUUUAUUUGUAUUUAAACUGGUAUGUUCACUGUUCAUAAUGUUCCUAAAACAAGAAAUGCCCUGACCCGGAUUCAAACCCAGGACCUUCUUGCUGUGAGGCGACAGUGCUAACCACUACACCACUGUGCCGCCCAUUGGUUAUCUUUAAGCACUGAAAAUUCCAACGAUACCCUUAUUUUUGUGUGUUCUGGAUCACAGUAUCCAGAAUUUUGUCUGGAUCAGGAUCAACCUUUGACACCUCAUAAAGCUCAUUGAGAUCCUUUUGUGUAAUUUUUUACUAAAGCCUCUGGCCAUUUUUAUAGAGUAAAAUGCAAAAAUUCUAAAUUUGCCCUAUCUCACAAUGAUAAAGAAUCCUUCAAAAAAUUCCUGGAUCCAGAAGGCGAUCCGGAUCACCACCAAAAUUUAAUGGGAACCUCCUGGGGCUGAGACGCACCUCUGGUGAACAUUUCAGGUCAAUCCGUCUCUUACUUUCUCCAUAAAGUUGUUCACAGACAAUCAAACAAACCAACAAACAAACAAACAAUCGAACAAACAAACAAACAAACAAACAAACAAACGCUACCGAAAACAUCACCUCCUUGGCAGAGGUAACAAACUAAACAAAUCUUUGAGCUUUACAUUAAUGAACAUCUCUAGACUGCUCCUCUUUUCUGAUUGAGGCUAGCAGCUGCAGGCUACAUUAUUCGCUAUAACAUGAUGAACCCGAAUCUUAUGUGGCACCAGAGCCUGACACAGAUGGACACGCAUGAAUUAAGAGUGACAAUAUCUCUCGCUCAGAAGCAUCAAUUUUGACACCUUUGUUGAACUGUCCAUCAUGUCUGACAGAGUCGCAGGUGUUCGGUGGAAAAUCGGUGCAGUAUUUUUUGUUUUAUCAUCAGUACUCUUGUAAUGCAUCCUGACAGGAAGCCAUGUGGUACCCCAGAAAAUCAUGAGACCACCAAAGUUAGUAAGAUCUAUUUCUGGGCGCCAUGAAUGUUUGUAUAAUUUCCCUACUUUCAUGGCAACAUAUCCUGGAGCUUUAGAGAUAAUUUAGGAGGAAGGAUUCAAGAGACUGUCCAUCAUGCACCAGUGUUGCCAAAUAUUCUUUUUGACAUCCUACUUUCAGAUGUUUCAACGAGGAGAGCUGCCUCUCCCUCAAGCAGCUGGAAGGAUACCUAGUGGUUCUGCAGCCUGACGCCCCUCAGAUCUCUCUGUCCGGAGUUGGCCCUCAUCUGGCCCGUCCUGCCCCUGAGUUUGAAGGUCCCCGUGGUGUCCCCCUUUUCCCUGAGCUCAGGAUUGUGUGCUCCUUGUCUCAUGCUGUCAACACAGCUGCACAGGGGAUGGAAGGUGGAGGUGAGGAUGCAGACCUGUCGUUGUUACACUCGCAUCUCUCUGCUCUGUAUCUGCAUAUGGAAAUGACAGAUUAUCAUUACUUGCAUCCUUUGUUUCCUAAAUCGUGUUUGUCAUUGACGGUGUACCUUUCUUCUGCUUUUUAGCUCUGAUGUCUGAUGCUGUGGCUCAUACCUUGGACGGCUGUGAGGUCCAGCCUCUUGGGGAGGAGCUUAACCCAGAGAGGGAGGAGCUCCUGGUGGACAUGGAUGUGGUGCGAGAGAGGGGGCUGGAAAUCAUCAACACAACUGCUUAUAUUGCCAUCACAGGUACUGUCUUUAUAGACAUACAAUAUAGAUCUCAGAAAACGAUGCAUCUGUUUUUUGUCUCAUAGUGUGUCAUUGAAACAGAUAAAACAAAAUACAUCUCAAAUCUGGAUCACAUGGUCUGUUACUGUCUCUCUUUAGAGCACAUACAGUAUGUAUUUGGUUAAAUACAGAAAACUGCCCUUAGUUUCUCAGUUUUAUUUAUAAUGUUAACCAUGGCUUAUGUCAUCCUGAGUUUUAUGACAUUAGAUAUAAUAGUCUUCAGUGCCUUUAAAUGUGUCAUCCAUCGCUGACGUUGCCAUGCCUAGAUAUGGAGAAGUAGCUGCAGAAUUACCUUCUAUCUUCUUCCUGCUCUACAGUACACAAGUGAGAGAGUAUCAACUCCUCUUUUAGCGUUUUGUGCUCUUUUACAUUUUUUCAUCUCCUUUUACAGGAGCUGAAUCCAUCUCUGUGUAUGAGGACGUCCUCCGCUCAGUCCGCUACCGACUGGCCAAAGGCUCGGCCCGCUUUGAGAGGCGGUUCCGUCUGUCCUGCUCUGAAAUGAACGGCAGAUACACCAGCAAUGAGCUGACUCUGGAGGUGAGAAGAAACAGUAUUCACUAUACAUCUUCUUAACUGAGAUGAAGAAGAGCAUGUCCCGUAGACUAUUAUAGAUACAUUUUGUUUAGUGAGGGGCGAGGUGCUGAUGAGGUUGUUCUUUCUCCUCUUCAUCCUUUUAGGUGAACUUCCUCCACUCUCUGGAUAGUUUGUACCACCCAUCCCACCUUCUGGCCUCCCAGCAGCAGUUCCUGCACCCGUCUCACCAUGCUGGAGAGCUGAGUGGACACACGCUGCCAAACCCACACCGCAACUCAGGUGACACUUCCCACUAACCCGUUCCUCCUGUCCUCUAUACUCUCUGAAGUUUAGCAGAGUCUCUUCCACCUAUGCCUUGAACAUCAGUUAAGAAAAAAAGUGUGUCAACAAAGUGUUAGAUAAUAUUAAUUGGAGAGAGUAAGACCUAGCUGGGAAACACCUCGUGCAUCUGCUGCUGUUUCCUAAUGUGUGAAAACUUCCUCUCACACUUUCAGACCUUUAGUGGUGCGAUGGAACUGAUUCCCUUUGUGCAGUUCCUUGUUUUGUUCCUCAUAUGCUGGGGAAUUAUCACGUAGGUUCUCAGGGCUGAUGUUACACUCAGUCUGAUCCAGCAGUAACACUUUGUUAGCACCAGCUGGGGUGUUAUUCUAUUUACACCCUGAGGAAUGUAAAGACUAUGCCAGGGUAGAAGGAGAAACAGAGGAUGUGGAACAUGUUGGAUUCAUCAUAUAAAACAAAAAGUUUGGAAAUGCUUUUGGGGAAGGAAACAAACUUCAAAUGUUUGUUUGACCUUAUUUCUGAGAUGCAAACUCACAAAGAUUUCUUGUUAACAAGAAAUUUGUUCGCUGAGAACUUUCCAAGUCGAGGAAAUCCAAAAGCCACAGUAUCACUAAAAUUUAACUCAAUUUAAGCACUCUCUUAUUUUAGUUUGAAGCCUGGAGCGAGGGACAACCAAAAGAUCUAAUCAAAAGAACUUGGAGAGCAACUGCAGAUGAAGGUUGGCAGCAAAUCUCAAACACAGGCAGGUGUCUGGACACACAGAGAUCUGAAAGUAAUCUUGAGGCUGGUAAUAAAACCGUGCACGGCAGGCAAUGAAAACUUGUAAUUAUAUAAUGGUCUGCUCUUUUAAUUUUACAACACCUACAGCUUCACAGAAGACCAAAUUACUACUUGCCUGCACAGUGAAAUACCAUAAUAAUGUUUUAUGAGACAUUCACCUUUGAAGACGUGGUUAACUGGGUAAAUGUGUGACUUUUCAACACCCCACAUCCAGAGAGUGACAGGUUUUUCAGCAGAUGGUCACUAUAUUUAGGUUUUUAUUUUGUAUACAUAUUUAUUUAACCCCUUGAUGCCUGACACCAUAAAUUAUGGCCAGGAAAUUCAAAUUUUUUGGAGCUGAAAUGUUUAUUUUACUUACUACUAAAAACCAAAAAAAAGAAUCUAAAUGUCCUCGAAAUUAAACAAAUAUAUUUAUUUAUCUUGUUUGAUACAUAAGGUGUUUUUGGAAACUGAUAAACUACAAAAGGACAUUUUUAUUAUUUGUCGGACUGUAAUCAGGUGUUUUUUUUAGUAAUUUGUUUAUCAUAUUGAUUCGAUAGAAGUUUAUAAAAGUAUGUAUCAAAUAUGAUACAAAAGGCAAUGAAGGGAUAAAUAUAUACAAUCCAAAAUUGUUUUAAAAUCCAAAAAUCCCUUGUGGCGAUUUUUAUGUCGAUUUCUUUUUUAAAAGUUCAGCAUUAUCUUCUCUAAUUUGUUAGAGUUGUUAAAUGACAAUAAUCUCGUCAAACUCAAAAGUAUUGUAGCAGUAAUCUCUGAGUGUUCAUGUCAAUCACAACCUGAAGUGCGUUUUCUUUUUUUAUUCAGUGGUGCCGGGAGCAGCCACUGUCAUCAUAAUGGUGUGCGUUGGUUUCCUGGUUGUCAUGGUGAUCCUCGGAGUGUUCCGAAUUCGCUCAAUCCAUCGCCGUGGAGAAGGUUCCAGGGGCGGGGCUAAGGAGGGAAGCAGCCAAUGGGACGACUCUGCCCUCACCAUCAUUGUCAACCCCAUGGAGGUAAUAUAAGAUCGUUAGUUGUUGACUGUUGAUUCAAAAUGAUAAAUAGGAUAAGUAACCACACCUGGUCGUCUCCUGUCCCCACCUGCAUACAGUCCUAUGAGUCUCGCAUGGGCAUCUCUGCUGACACAGAGGGGGAGGGGGAGGAGGAUGAGGAGGUAGCAGAUUCACCUGAUGACGCCAGCGACGACCAGCGAAUCAUCAUCAAGAAGGAGGGGAGGGACGGAAACGCCCGCCGCUACUGAGUCAUCAGCUCUCAUGGAAACCACCACCGGCUCGCCAGUCACACACUCCAACACGUUUUAAUAUCGAUGACUGCUGACACCACUAGUAUAAGGAAUGUAUGCUUACAAACACUACGCACAACACAGUCACUGUAAUACACCCAACACUCAAUGCCAUGUGUGACCUAUAGCCAACAAAGGGCCAAUUGUUCUCCACCUAAAUGUUCGAUGGCACAAAGUAUACAGUUCAUGUAAUUUAACCGCCUGAGCAAAACCCACCAAAAUUGUAUGUGGUGCACCAAUUCUUGAUCACAGGAUGGUAAUGUGUCUAUAUAGUGUAUUACUGGUUGAAUGAGACUGAUUUUGUGUAAAAGAGAGAAAAAGAUUGUAUUUUAUCUUUUGUUAUUGAACACAGAAUGAAAUCUAUACAGGAUGAAACCUGGAACAACAUGCAGGCCGUGAGGAAAAGAUACAAAGCCUCUUUCCCGACAUUUCUCUGCACGCCCCUAUUAGACUCGAGAAGUCUGUGCACAAGCUCUCAGCAUCCUCUCUCUCAGCACAUUCCUCUCCAACCGCAGAGCAAAAUCAGUGAGGUCAGAAAUUCUUUCAUUGAGAAAAAAAAAAGAUCUGAAAAACAUUAUGCUUGCAGGUUUUUGUUCAUUUGGUAUCGUGGCUCAUUUAGUGCUUCAGCUCCUGACUUUGUUUUUACAACGGGCUGGUGUUAAGCUGACAUAUCCAAGGACUAUCAAACUCACACCUCAUUCUUUACAUAAGCUCUGCAGUGUUGUGUGUCGAGUCCAUGCAGUGUCAUUGGAGGUUCAAACUGGAAUCUCUGUUAAGUUUCAGCUUGUGCCACAAAAUGAUAAAAGAAUUACAACAAACCUGGUGCAACCUCACCUCUAACCCACCCCUCACAGUGACCACAGGAAUGUCUCUAAAUGACUCUCACUGCACUCUUUCACUCACUGCACACUGCUCUUACAAUAACUGCAAGACGUCACAUGCAAAACAAUAAAAAAAUACACACACAGAUACACACAUACGCACACAGACACUACACACCAUAUUGCUACUACUACCCCUGCUGUUUCCAGAAUGUCCGCUCAGCUUGGGCAGUUUUGAUUGUAUUGAUUGUAAUGACUUUUCUGUACAUAAAGUGAUGAAUAUUAUGAUAUUAUUGUUAUUACUAUUAUUAUUGCAGCCACACUUUAAAGAGGGAGCAGAUUAUGAUUUACUUUUACCCCGCUCAUUAUUUGAGUGACCACCUCGACAGCAUCAGAAAACAUUAUAAUAAUGAUAAUAAUAGUAGUAGUGAUAAGGAUGAUAAUCCCUGGCUUGAUGAGUGUCUCUUAAUUUGUGUGUAAUAUUGUUGUAAUUUAAGAACUUGUCAAUAUCUAAAUCACAGAAAAUGGAGGGCACAUUGUUGUGAUACUUAGACACGUCUCACUCAUUUCAGCUGUCACAUUUUUGGGUAACUUUUUCACACUUAAAACCCAAACUUUUUUUUUUUUUCACUCCACGUGAUAUCCUUGGUUUGAUGAAUGUACAACUGUGUGCUUCUCCUCACCUCCCCCUCCCCACCCCCUCUGCCUUUCCCCUUCACCUCUCCCUCUGUGUCUCUUGCUGUCUGUCUGUGUAGCCUAUCAAUGUGCAGUGCUAAACCUGUCAGUAAAUAAAGCCUGUCGUUUUUGACUGUGAUGUUAAGAAGGAAUAAAACAUUGCAUUGAUUAAUAACUUAUAUUAUUACUAUGUUACUAUGGGAAAAAUUACCUGUAAUUAUUGAUACGAUGAUGACAUGGAUUAUGCUGACUAAUUGUUAUUGAGAACUGUCAGAAAACAUUACAAAAUUCAUAAUAAAAACACUAUAUGACGUCUCCGUGAGAGGGCUUCCUUGUCAGAACAGCAUACUAAUGUCGGGGGAAAA